AUCCAUCAUCAUUUAGCGUACCUGACUAAAAUGGCUGAUAACCACCAUCUUGACGAGUUUGAGGAGUCGCUAUCCAAGUUUCGCGACUAUCCGCUCAAUCUAACUCGAACGGCUGACUUCUCGUAUACACUCGAGGCAUACAAAUCGAAGCUAGUGCAAGGCGAGGAAGUAUACUUUGAUGACAGCCAACCCCGUGUCAGAAUCUGGGAUCUUGAAAAACCUCAAGAUGGAAAGCACAUCAGUAGAUCUUCUGUCGACUUGGUUCAACUCCAAAACGCCCUGAGCGAAACCCCGACAGAUCCCUGUCGGAGGUUCAUUUUUAUCAAAUCUGGAAGCCACAAGUCUCCUCUCGACUGCACACGAGAAAUGAUGGCGUAUCUAUUCACCCACCAUCAGAUAAUGGCCCGUUUCCUCGACUUCUGGUGCGCCUUCACAUACCGGGAGACACCUCACAGCUUCACCCACUUUCGGAACGAAGAUUACCUAGGCUCCCAGCAUCACCAGCCUGGGUUGAGCGCCAUGGGUCGAUCUGGCAUCAGGAUUCAGCACUGCUUCAAUCUGCUUGGGGUUGAGAGAAGCAGAGAUAAAAAAGGGUGGGAACUUCGACAAACAGCAGCGUACCAUUCCUAUGAUCUUAUCGAGGGCCGCACAUUGUGGGCCAUCCUCAAAGGCGACAACACCAUGAGAAAGCGCCUCGAAUCUGUAACGGAAGAGUCUGUCAAGAAAAGGGACACGUCUCUACACAGCGUGAAUGCUUCAUUCGCCCAAACACUGACAGAUCAUCUUCUAAUCAUGCAGUGGUGCGUCGAAAACUGGGAGACUUAUGCCGAGAGCCUUGAACACAAGUACACAAGCCUCUCGGGGGUGGCAGACCAUGCCCCUGUGGAUGCUCUGGCCGAUGAUAUCGCCACCAUCAAGCUACGUGAAAAGCUGGACAUUCCGCCAGUUUCACCUACAGGACAGCCAAUCAGUGGCCUUACGAAGUCUACUGAGCCGCCAGGCAUCGUCCGGAAGCUGACAAGGAGAGUCACUACUGGUUUCAGCACAAUAGCUCCGGUAGAGCCUCCCCCUCGAAAGAACCUUGGGGAAGCGAUAUCGGCAAUCGCUCAAAACCAGAGGGUCUUGGCUCAGAUGAAGGAAUAUUACCGGGAACUUGUCAAUUCGGAGGGAUUCAAGCGCCACGUCCCCAAGUCUACCCUCAAGGUUUGCAAGCAGGCUGUCUCGGAGUUUUCCAUGAAGAUAGGGAGAUUAGAGGAUGACCUCGCCAACUACGAAGGUAACCUCAAGACCAUCCAUCAGGGGGUUGAGAGGACAGAAGCAAUGUACAACGGUAUUCUCCAGUACCAGAGUAUGCGGACCGCAAAGUACUUUGCCGAGUCAUCUGAAAAGUCAACCGAGAUCAUGAAGGGCUGGACGCAGGAGAUGCACGAAAAGACCAUGUCGAUGCAUGUCAUCACAGUUUUCACACUCAUCUUUCUACCGGGGACAUUUGUAGCUACCAUUUUCAGCAGUGGCAUCAUCACGUUUGGAGAUGAUGGUGAUGGAGGCUUCGGCUCUGCAAUGGGCGCCUGGAAAGUCCGGCCGGCGGCCUUGAAGUUGUUUGCUGUUGCGCAGGAGAAACCCGAGGAACAGAGCCAAUGA